AUGCUGGUGGCAGACAUCCUGGGGAGCUCCCAGCCGUGUGGACACUGCCCAGCUGGUGACCAACAUCCCAGACCGCCAGCACCCAGACCCCACGCUGCCCAGCUGCCUAUAGGUAAGCCAUACGGCUGUCUGAACUCUUUCCACAGUUCCCAGCCCAAGCUGUGGGCAUGGAGGAUAAACAAAAUUAUGAAAUGUACAAAGUCAGAAGCUAAGCCCCCGGAGCUGCUGACAGACCGGGAGGCCUGGGUGCUGCAGUCCCUGGGGUCGCAGAGAGUCGGCCUCGCCUGCGCGGCUGAACGGCAGGUUAGUCGCUACCGGCCUUUUGUCUUCCGACAGGUGGCGCGGCAGUACUGGCUUUGGGUCCCUGCGCGCGGCCUCCGCUCCCUGGGAGACCCCGCGCGCCCCCGCGGCCUCCGCCCGGCGCGGGCACUCGUUCGCGUCCGCUCCGCUCGGGGGGCUUUGCUGCCGGGGCCCCGGAGGCAGACGCCCGUGGCCCGGCGGACACGAGCGCUGGCGGCAGGCGGGCGCUCCGCGGGUGUCCAGGGGCGCCUGGCCGUGCCCGGUGGAGCCCCCGGCAGGGUGCAGGGCCGGGCCCGGAGCUCCGUGCGCGGCCCCGAUGCCGCGGGUCCUCCCGCCCGGGGAGCUCACCGGGCGCCCGCCUGCUCUGCGCGCCCGGGAAAUCCUGGGGCGCCGGGGCGCAGGCCGGGGCGCUCGAGUUAUGGUGUUUCCCGCUGGUGGAUGGAAGGGGGCCGACAGUGGGAGCAUCUCAUGCAGCCGUGGUGCUGA